GAACAGUGGAGAUAGUGGACGGUGUGCAGCUUAGUAAAGUUUUGUGGGAUUACCGAGGACAUUUAAUUCUUGUGUGCAUUCAGAUACCUAAUAAACAACCAGGAUAUUUAAUAAAGAGCAGUGUUAAACUGCUGAAAGAGGUGAAGCACAAGCCAUCCAGAAGAAUCUCCUGAAAACGCAGAAAUUGUUUGCUACAUUUCACAGACAGAUGGAGCCAAGUCCCGACAUGGAGAAACAUCAGCACUCUGUCAAGAGUUUUACUAAACAGAGUGAUCUCAAAAAACACCAGCGCAUUCACACAGGAGAGAAACCACAUCACUGCUCAGACUGUGGGAAGAGUUUUACUAAACAGAGUCAUCUCAAAAAUCACCAGCGCAUUCACACAGGAGAGAAACCGUAUUACUGCUCCGAUUGUGGGAAGAGUUUUACUGAACAGAGUGAUCUCAAAAAACAUCAGCGCAUUCACACAGGAGAGAAACCGUAUUGCUGCUCAGACUGUGGGAAGAGUUUUAAUCAACAGAGUGAUCUCAAAAAACAUCAGCGCAUUCACACAGGAGAGAAACCGUAUCACUGCUCAGACUGUGGGAAGAGUUUUAAUCAACAGAGUAAUCUCAAACUGCACCAGCGCAUUCACACAGGAGAGAAACCGUAUUACUGUUUCGACUGUGGGAAGAGUUUUACUCAACAGAGUACUCUCAAAAUACACCAACGCAUUCACACAGGAGAGAAACCGUAUUACUGUUUCGACUGUGGGAAGAGUUUUACUUUACAGAGUACUCUCAAAAUACACCAACGCAUUCACACAGGAGAGAAACCGUAUUACUGCUCCGAUUGUGGGAAGAGUUUUACUAAACAGAGUACUCUCAAAAAUCACCAGCGCAUUCACACAGGAGAGAAACCGUAUCACUGCUCAGACUGUGGGAAGAGUUUUACUAAACAGAGUACUCUCAAAAAUCACCAGCGCAUUCACACAGGAGAGAAACCGUAUUACUGUUUCGACUGUGGGAAGAGUUUUACUCUACAGAGUAAUCUCAAACUGCAUCAGCGCAUUCACACAGGAGAGAAACCACAUCACUGCUCAGACUGUGGGAAGAGUUUUACUACACAGAGUCAUCUCAAAAUUCACCAGCGCAUUCACACAGGAGAGAAACCGUAUUACUGCUCAGACUGUGGGAAGAGUUUUACUAGACAGAGUGAUCUCAAAAAUCACCAGCGCAUUCACACAGGAGAGAAACCGUAUUACUGCUCAGACUGUGGGAAGAGUUUUACUAGACAGAGUCAUCUCAAAAUUCACCAGCGCAUUCACACAGGAGAGAAACCGUAUUACUGCUCAGACUGUGGGAAGAGUUUUACUAGACAGAGUCAUCUCAAAAUUCACCAGCGCAUUCACACAGGAGAGAAACCGUAUUACUGCUCAGACUGUGGGAAGAGUUUUACUAGACAGAGUGAUCUCAAAAAUCACCAGCGCAUUCACACAGGAGAGAAACCGUAUUACUGCUCAGACUGUGGGAAGAGUUUUAAUCAACAGAGUCAUCUCAAAAAUCACCAGCGCAUUCACACAGGAGAGAAACCGUUUCACUGUUCAGACUGUGGGAAGAGUUUUACUUUACAGAGUGAACUUAUAUUACAUCAGUGCAUUCACAAAAGAUAGAAAAGUAUCCCAAAUCUGUUCCUCUGCCAUAAAAAAUGCAAACCUUAAAUCUUUCAGACAGCCAAAAACACCUCAUCAUGCACAAAAUCUUCACUCUGUUACAAGAACUUCAUUUAAAAAUGGCUUUUUACAGGUUCAGAAAAAUGAAUCUUAUCCAGAGAUGAUGUUUACUGAAUUUCAUGCUGUGUUUUUAUGUAUGUUUGUAUACCUACAUUAGUUAAUGCCUGCAGAGCUCUUCAACACUUAGUGUUGUGUUUUAAGAAGUUUUUACACACAGAAUCAUAAAUGGUACCACUAACAGCAUAAACUAGGAACAUACAUUUUUACAAUUUUUUCAGUGAUAUGCUGAAUAAAUAGUAAAGCAAUGAUGCUAGCUCAGAGUAAAAUCGUAUAUUAAAUCUCAGCAUUAGUUUUAGAACUAAUAAUAAACAAAAGUGAGGAUUUUAUCAUUCUGGGACAUUUUUAGGUUUAAAAAUUGAAUAUGCUUUGCCAUAAGUAGGAAAUGAUCAUUUGGUCAACUUAUGUCAUUUACAGCCUUAACACAUUCUCAAUUGUUUACAUAUAAAAACUUUCUUUAUUUUUUCCUCCACUCCACGUUUGUAGUUUGUAGUUGGAGCGAGGGCACUGCCAGUGUUUGCUCCAGAUGUUAGAUUAGCAUUACUUAGUCUUUUAAAAUUUAGAUGUCGUAGUUUAAAGGAGUAGAGUAUUCUUAGGAGUAGAGGAUAUUCUUAGCUUGCAACAAAAGGCCAACAAAAUCCUUUUCAGAGUUAAAAAAAAAAAAAAAAAAAACGGUCUAGCUGUAGUUUCCAUACUGAAAGCAACACUCAGCAGGCUAUGCAGCAGUAAGACUGCAGGACCCUUGAUUCCCUCUACUGCACAUGUGUCAAACACAAGGCCCGCGGGCCAAAUGUGGCCACAUCCAAGCGAGAGCUUGUAAGAUCUUAGUGUCUAUAAUAAAUAGGUCAGAAGCGUUCUUUGACCAAAAACUACAUUUCCCACAAUGCUUGUCGAUUGUAUUACCCGUGAAGUUACGGCUUACUGCCACUACACGGCAGUGUAGUCAUUGAUGUGGAAACCCUGCCGGAGGGAAGGCGUAACUUCGCGGGUGGAAUUGAGACAUACAAACGUUUAUCCCAUAAUGUCCAGAAAAAGAGAAGCUGAUGCAGACGGACGGCUGUGCUUCAAGGCGAAAGACCGGUAUGCCUUUUGUGUUACGAAGAGUGUUACUGACCAAAAUAAACGCUUGUUAGGAGAGAAGUUCUGUGUAAAUAUUUAUAAGACAGUAGCUGACAAAAUCUGUUUUAAUGACGUUAAUAAACAUCAAAUCAAAUCAAAUCAAAUUUAUUUGUAUAGCGCUUUUUACAACUGGUGUUGGUACAAAGCAGCUUUACAGAAACAUGAUUACAGGACAUCACUGUGACAGCGCUAGUCACAGUUUCACCACAGAGAGGCACGAGGACGUGAAUCACUUAUCUAACCAGCCUUUACUGAUUUCUGCCCCCAAUAACCCUUUCAAUAACCUCCAAUAGCCUUUAAUAGUCUUCAGUAGCCUUCAACAGUCUAACCUUGCAGCCGUGGUGUGUUCUAAACUCCGUAGUUAUAAACAUCCUGAGGUUAGCAGCGCGCUAACUGACCUGUUUAUAAUGUAAUCCGAGCAGUGACUCCGUGACUCUGCUCUAAACUGCUGCUAUUAGCUGCUUGGGCUGAAAGAUGAACUGUAGAGAGCUGUAUUAUUCGGUUAGUGGGGUUAAAACCUUUAUUUUCUACACAGAAGAUUUUUAAAAACUGUAAAAACGCUCCAGACUGCCUCAGCUGAGCCCUGUAGCCCGUGGCUGGGCUGUAGCUCUGACUGAGUAAAGACUGCGGGCUUGUGCUGCUGCUGCUGCAGCUCCGACUAGUGGUUGUAUGAGGAACUGCUAAAUCUGAGGAAAUGCCAAAUCUAUCACAUGUUCUUAACAGCUCACAAUUUUUAAUUUUAUAUUUAUUAAGCCUUAUUUCAGUAUCAAACGUUUUAAUCAAAGUUAAUAUAACUUGUAUUUAAUGUCAUUUCUAUUCACUUGACUAGUUUGGUUCUUGAUUGAUGGAGUUUUUGGAUUUCAUAACAUGACAAAUUAAAAUGAUUUAUGUUAAUAGAGCAACAAGCAAACAUUUUUUCCAUGCAACUGUAAUAUUUGAUUGAAUAAAUAGUAUAUUGAGAGUUAUUUAACAUUAAGGAGUAAUUACAUUCAUUUUAUAUUACAUUUGGUUACAUUUUAUUACAUUUAUAAGUUACAUCUGGCCCUCAGUGGACAGCCAAUAUGCCAAUGUGGCCCUCGGCCAAAAUGAGUUUGACACCCCUGCUCUACUGGUUUUCUCAUUGGUCUAUGGUUCAGUCAGUCUGAUUAAAAAUCUGCAAGUUAAUCUACAGGGAUAUUUGGUUGUGUUGUGUUGCUAAAGUUAUAUACUCUGUUAUCUUUUCCUUAUUUGGUAUCGUUUUGCUAAAGGUUUUUUUUUUAUAUCUCUAAAGGUACUAAAAAUAUCUAAUCCAUUUAGUUUAUUGAUUGUUUGAUCCAGUACCAGCUAUUAUCGUUGUUUUACAUCACCUUAUGUAUUUACUCAUAUUCAUAUCUAUGUGAUUCAAUAAAAGGCUUUUAUAUUGCAAGAUCUGCAAUCUUAUCUAUUCUUUCAACUUAAGCAUUUAGCCAAAAGCUUUUGUACACAGCCAAACAUACAUUCAAGCAACCACUAUAUACAGUGCCUUGCAAAAGUAUUCGGCCCCCCCUUGAACUUUUCAAACUUUUGCCACAUUUUGGGCUUCAAACAUAAAUAUAUGAUUUUUUUGUUUGUUUUUUGUGAAGAAUUAACAAGUGUGUAAGAAUACGGAGGAGUUUUGCCUUACUGUGUUCAUUGUUCAUUGAUUAAAGGGUUAAUCUGUGUGUAACUAAAUCAGCAUUUCACUUAAUCAGUAUGUUAUUCAAGCAUUUAGCACGAUUCAUGAUGAUUCACAUUGUGACUUAGAAUGUAUGUAUAUUGUGUCCUUGUGCUCAAAGCAAGGCCGUUUUUCUAGCAACUUAGCAUGAUUGAUUUUUUUCCAGCAGAACCAUGAGUUUCUGUACAUGUAAUCUAUAGUCUGAUAAGGUUGGGGUGACCGAGUUCUCGGCUGACGUAUAGGAUGAAUAACUGUUUAUCAGUAUCAGGAUCCGGGGGGUGUGAGGAGCCUCCUCACACACUAUUAGACUGAGGCCAGGCGAAUGCCUGUUUUUAUUAGACUCUGUCUAGGAAGAAGAGUAGAGUUGGGCGGGAGAGCUUCUCCCGAGAGGGACUACAGAGCCACAGGUCCUGUUCACACAGCCGAGAACUCUGGAAACCCCAACUUUUCUCACCUUUGGGGUUUUCCUCUUAUUUUCACCUUUUUAUUUCAAUUCAUUUUUCAAUAAUCUUUUUACUCAAUUUUUGAUGUAUCCAAAAAAACUGUUUUGCUCAGAAGAUUCUUUGAAUAAAAUCUGACGGAACUACAA